UGAAAUGUCUCUAUUUGGAUUUUACGGCAUGCCGUAAUUCAGUUCGUCCUUAUUUUGCUCCAAGAUGGAGGACGACGAAGCUACCGAAGAUAUUUGUCGGGUGUGUCGGUCGGAGGGGAGUCAGGACAAGCCCCUGUACCACCCCUGUGUGUGCACAGGCAGUAUCAAAUACAUCCAUCAGGAAUGUCUAAUCCAGUGGUUGAAGCAUAGCAAGAAGGAAUAUUGUGAACUAUGCAAGCAUAGAUUUGCAUUCACUCCAAUUUAUUCACCAGACAUGCCAGCAACACUGCCUAUUAAGGACAUUGUGAGCGGGUUGUUCACAAGUAUAGGCACUGCUGUACGGUACUGGUUCCACUACACACUGGUGGCAUUCGCCUGGUUAGGAGUAGUACCUCUUACAGCAUGUCGAAUCUACAGAUGUCUGUUCACGGGCUCUGUCAGCUCUCUUCUGACUUUACCACUGGACAUGCUAUCAACGGAGAACUUGAUGUCAGACUGCCUGCAGGGCUGUUUUGUGGUGACAUGUUCCCUGUGUGCAUUCAUCAGCCUGGUGUGGCUACGGGAACAGAUUGUCCACGGGGGUGGGCCUCAGUGGCUGGAACAGCAGAACAACCAAGAGGAGCCUGCAGCACCAGCUGCUCCAGCAAACAACGCCCCACCCCCACCUGCGGCCCCACCCCCGCCGGAGGAUGAGGAUGGUAUAGGCCUGGACAAUGCAGAUGCAGGUGACAUCUUUGAUGACACGGAUGAAGAGGGUGACAACAACGCAGGUGAUGGGGAGGGAGAUGACCCCAACAAUGGUGCUCAAGAUGACGUGAACUGGAAUGCCAUUGAGUGGGACCGUGCUGCUGAGGAACUGACCUGGGAGAGGAUGCUGGGAUUGGACGGCUCUCUUGUGUUUUUGGAACAUGUAUUCUGGGUAGUGUCUCUGAACACCCUCUUCAUACUAGUGUUCGCAUUUUGCCCAUACCACGUGGGGCAUUUUGCAGCAGCAGCAGUGAAAAUAGAUGACUAUCUGGUAGCAUCCCAGUUUGAGGGCCUACUGACCACCAUGAUUGGCUACCUCAUCCUGGCCACAGCACUGGUCUUCAGUCAUGCCAUGGCUUCUUUUCUAGGUUUCCAAAGGGCCAAGAGAGUUCUAGGAAUUUGCUAUGUAGUUGUAAAGGUUUCCCUUCUAGUAGUGCUGGAGAUAGGUGUGUUCCCAUUGGUGUGUGGCUGGUGGCUGGAUAUAUGCUCCUUGGCCAUGUUUGAUGCCACCCUGAAGGACAGAGAGACCAGUUUCAGAGCUGCCCCAGGGACGGCCAUGUUUCUCCACUGGCUCGUCGGCAUGGUUUAUGUCUUCUACUUUGCCUCCUUCAUCCUGCUUCUCAGAGAGGUGGUGCGACCAGGUGUACUGUGGUUCCUGAGAAACUUGAACGAUCCAGACUUCAACCCUGUGCAAGAGAUGAUCCACCUGCCCAUCCACAGACAUGCCCGCCGGUUCUUGCUAUCUGUGGUUGUAUUUGGCACUACAGUACUGCUGAUGCUGUACGUCCCCAUCCAGGUCAUCAAAUGGGCCUUCCCUACCUUCCUGCCAUACCACGUCAUGUUGUCCAGUGAUGCACCUGUGAGUGAACUGUCCCUGGAGCUGCUGCUCCUACAGGUGGUGUUACCUGCCCUGUUGGAACAGGGUCACACACGACAGUGGCUCAAGAGCAUGGUCAAGGUCUGGACUGUUGGGACGGCAUGGAUGCUGAACCUCCGAUCAUACUUGCUUGGGGAUGUUCCAGUGGAGGAAGUACAGGGUGUGUUGAUCCGUGGUGAGGACAAUGUCCAGCCUGGGAACAACCCUGCACCUGCAGGAGCAAACAACAUUGACUUACAGGACGGGGGCUUACAUGCUGCCCACCAGGCUAUCCUACAACAGGCAGGGCCCAUCGGAUUCCAGCCAUACAAACGGCCCAGAUGGUUUGCAUUCAGGUUGGUGCUGCUGGUGUUCCUGAUGUGUGAGACUUUAGCCUUCACCAGCUUUGUUGGUCUUACUUUACCAGUUGGUCUGGGUCGUGCCAUGAUGUCGGUGUGGAUGGGGGAGGCCAAGGUACACGAGCUGUACACGGCAGCGUGUGGCCUGUACACCCUGUGGCUGGUGUGCCGCAUCCUCUCAGUCAUGUUCGCAUGGGUACCACAGGGGUGGACAACCGUGGUCCGCAAACUCUCCGAAUGGUCCAUGAUGGCUAUUAAGACGAUAGUGCUGGCUGUCCUGCUGCUUGGUGCUGUUCCCUUGCUGUUGGGCCUGCUGUUUGAGCUGGUUGUUGUGGUCCCACUCAGAGUUCCCCUGGACCAGUCUCCACUCUUCUUCCCCUGGCAGGACUGGGCAUUAGGUGUCCUCCAUGCUAAGAUCAUCUGUGCCAUGACUAUGAUGGGCCCACAGUGGUGGCUGAAGAGAGUCAUGGAGCAGGUGUACCAGGAUGGUAUAAGGAACAUGAACCUCCACCUGGUGGUGUUUGACCUGGCCCUACCUGUCAUCACCUGUCUGUUGUUCUGCCUCUGCAUCCCCUACCUGGUAGCUGUGGGUGUGGUGCCUCAUCUGGGUCUGGGAGGUGAUGUGGAGGUACAGGUGCUGCGCAGGAUCUACCCUUCCCUCCUGGUGCUGGUACUGGUGUCAGGACUCUUCACCUUCCAGGCCAGGCAGUUCAAACGCCUCUACGAACACAUAAAAAAUGACAAGUAUCUUGUGGGCCAGCGUUUAGUGAACUAUGACAAGAACAAGAGAAGUCGUGAGUCCACCCCGCAGCAGAGAGUGGUGCACUGAGCUUUACUCAAGGGCUAUUUGUAGAGGGGUGAGGGUUGGCAUUGGGUGGGAGAGAGAACUUUGUUUUGGGUGGAAUGAACAUGUUAACAAACAGAUAUAAUGUGAAUCAGAUGAUAUCUGUUAAUGUUCAAGUACAAGCAUGGGGAUUAUUGUAACAGCCCCACUAGAAGGUAAUUUGUCUGGAAUCAUUAAUUACUUCUCAAGCACACAGUCUAGGGCUGUAGAAAUCCAUGUACAGUGCAGAGGUCAUUGAUUUUCAGUUUUUAAGUCUCAUUCUAUUCUAAUAUGACUGCAUUUGUCAGGUGGUUUUCAUAGUCUGAAUUUUACUGAACAACAGACAUGUCUCACCACCAAUAACUAGACAAAAAGGGAGCCAAUCCAGCACAACAGACCAAACACAAUGAGUCCAGCUGCAAUGAAAAGAAGUAAAGUUUCCCUCAAUCCAGUGUCAGAAGCUAAUCUGAAUUCAGAAUGGUGCUGUAGUAGUAGCCACAAUCAUGCUUACUAACACAAUGUACAUACUGAAGUACAAGUUGAAGUGAAUGUAGAUGUAAGUGUAAUGCAUUUGUUUACCAUAUUGAGAUGCUGUGAAGCCAACAUGGACUA